AUGAUGCAAACUCAGCUAGUUCCAAAUGUUAUCACCAACAACAUAGCAGGAGGGUUGAAUGGAAUUGAUACAACCAAACAAUUAUUUUAAGAAAUGAAAAUCUCCCUCUUUCAUUUGUUUUCUUAAGUUGGUGAAGUAAUUGAGAUUAACUUGAGAACUUCAAAUCAGUCCAACAAAUUGCGCGGCCAGGCAUUCAUCGUGUUUAGAGAACAGGAUAUGGCAGAUAGAGGCCUGUAGGAGUUGAGAGGGUUCACACUAUUCGGUAAACAAAUGGAAAUACAAUAUGCGAAAAGCCAGAGUGAUACUACCCUGAAGAAUAAGGGUUAGUAUGACGAUAGCAUUAGACUAAAUAGGAGACAAAAGAGAAAAGCAAAGGAUGAUCUGAAGAGAAUGGAUAAGAGAGAAAAGUUAUUGCUGACUGAACAAUCAUUGAAAUAGCAAUUGAAUUUAAAGGAACAGAUUUUAAAGCAAUCAAAUUCUUUAUUGCUUGAAAAUCUUCCUUAGAAUUACAAUCAACUAUUACUGCAAGAACUGUUGAAGAAUUAUCCAGGUUUAUAAGAAUACUAACUUGAUGCCCAAAAAGGCAGAGCAGUUGUGAAUUUUCAUACCUCUAAUGAUGCAAAAGUCGCUUUGUCAGGACUAAACAAAUAUUAGAUUGAUCAUGAGGGAAGAGAACUCAAAGCUAGUUUUACAGCUUGA